GAGCUUUACAGAAAAGGAAACACCGGCUUGAGUCGUCGCUGCUGCUGCUUCUGCAAACUGCAAAGCAGAGAACACAAUCGAAAGAAACUUGAGCGAAGAAAAAAAAAGAAAACUUUGCAAAACAAGGAAGAUACCUCAUGUUAAAAAAACCAUACAAACAAACAAAAAAAACCAACCAGCGUCGCAGCUAUGAUCCACCAACGCACCUGCCGGGAUUGCACGGCAAAAUCACUAGGCGCAGAUACCAGCGAUCAGACAGAAUCUGAAGCCGCUGGGACUGCGGCGAGAGCUGCCGCUGUGAGCGCUGAGCGGUUCGGCAGCACUGGUACGAGUAGUCGUAGCAGUAGCUGUACCGGUACCCGUGAGAAAGUUGGGUUCAAGUCCGCGAUAGACAGGGAGGUAACAGGAGUGAGUGUCGUGCAACUCAGAUCGUUAUUCGAGCCCAGCAGUGUGGCUCAAGCACAUCACCUCCACCGUCAUCUAUAUCGACCCCCAGCCGGGAAACAAAUGCCCAAAGAGCGGCGGAGAUCAUCCAGGGAGGUCGCCCACCAUUCCAACGGUGACGGUGUCGUGGGCGCGGGUGUCCGUAACGGGGAGCGUAAAAGCAGCCGCAGCAGAAUGAGUGACAGCGGGACUGGCGCUAACGCCAACAGAGCCCCCUCCGAGGGCGAAGUCGGUGAGGGCAAGGCUCCCAACUGCUUGCGGACCCCACGGGUCCCGCAGCUUACCAUAACCCCCAGCGGCGGGGGCAGCCCCCGGGAGAUGGGCGAGGACUGGAACCAAGUGGAUGGACCGCUGAGCAGAAGGCUGUCCAACUCCUCGCUCUCCUCAAACGGGUCGACUGUUUGUGAGGAGUCCGAAGAUGAUAUUCUGAGUGACAACGAAACCAAGAGUCAAGGCAUCGUUACCUUGGAGCAGGCAGAGGACACACCUAUUCACAGGCCCUGGAGGAAGCUCAAGACCAUCGUUCACUGGCCCUUGAUCGUGUCACAGAGGAAGCGCUACUCCUGGAUCCAGCUCGCCGGACACAAAGGAAACUUCAAGGCCGGCGAGGAGGGCACGGUGCUCAAGAAGUUCAGUGAGAAUGAGAAGGGGUGCUUCGAGCGCCUGAUGGGGGACGUGCUGUACCCCUUCGUCCCGGCCUACCACGGGACGGUGGAGAUAGACGGGGAGCCCUACCUGCAGCUCACUGACCUGCUGGGGGGGUUCAACGGACCCUGUGUCAUGGACUGCAAGAUCGGAGUGAGGACGUACCUCGAGGAGGAGCUAGCCCGUGCUCGUAAGAGCCCCAAGCUGCGCAAGGACAUGUACAACAAGAUGGUGGAGGUGGAGGCAGAGGCCCCAACUCCGGAGGAGCAUGCCCAGAAGGCAGUCACCAAGCCCCGCUACAUGCAGUGGAGAGAGUCCAUGAGCUCCACACACUCCCUGGGCUUCCGGAUCGAGGGCAUCAAGAAAGAGGACGGGACCUGCAGCACAGACUUCAAGAGGACCAAGACCCAGGAGCAGGUGACGCUGGUCUUCAGGGACUUCGUGGAGGGGAACAAGAGGAUCAUGGAAACCUACCUGGCUAAGCUGGAAGAGAUCAGGAGAGUGCUGGAGUCCUCGGAAUUCUUCAAGAGUCACGAGGUGAUCGGGAGCUCCUUGCUCUUCAUUCAUGACCGCAAUGAGCUGGCCAAUGUGUGGCUCAUUGACUUCGGGAAGACCACCCCCCUGUCCAAGGGGCAGACUCUGACCCACCGGGCAGAGUGGUGCGAGGGAAACCGUGAGGAUGGCUACCUGUGGGGCCUGGACAACAUGGUGGCGUUGGUCAGGAACAUUGCCAGGGACCUACCGGAGAACCAGGACUCGACAGAGCAGACAGGAUAACCAGGACUGUCCAUACACUAGGACUGACCAUCAACCAGGACUGACCAACACCCAGAGGCAUCAACCAGGACUGACCAACACCCAGAGGCAUUAACCAGGACUGACCAACUCCCAGAGGCAUUAACCAGGACUGACCAACACCCAGAGGCAUUAACCAGGACUGACCAACACCCAGAGGCAUUAACCAGGACUGACCAACACACACGCACGCGCACACACACACACACACACACACACACACACACACACACACACACACACACACACCUAGGACUGGCCAAACUAUUAUUGUACUUUAUUUGAUUGUUAAAAGCUCUGAGAGUCGCUUGACUGAGAACACUUCCAGCCCCUUCCAGCCCACUACUGCAGUGUGGGCUGAGGCUGUGAGGCGAGACUUGUAACUGCAGUUACAACUGGACUGUAUUGAGAAGAAGCUGGCUGGGCGUAGUUUGAUAGGAGAAGGGGGUCAUUGUUUCGUUCUAGUUUUAUUUGAAAUGUUUACACAAAAGGAUUUUAAAGGACGUCAAGCUAGCGGAAUUAUUGUAGUGACUCUUAACCUGUUAUAAAGGAACAUCAGUAAGCAGGUGUGAUGUGGUCCUGUAGCACAGAGGCAGGGUCAGCAGGUCAGCAGGUGUGAUGUGGUCCUGUAGCACAGAGGCACGGUCAGCAGGUCAGCAGGUGUGAUGUGGUCCUGUAGCACAGAGGCAGGGUCAGCAGGUCAGCAGGUGUGAUGUGGUCCUGUAGCACAGAGGCAGGGUCAGCAGGUCAGCAGGUGUGAUGUGGUCCUGUAGCACAGAGGCAGGGUCAGCAGGUCAGCAGGUGUGAUGUGGUCCUGUAGUACAGAGGCAGGGUCAGCAGGUCAGCAGGUGUGAUGUGGUCCUGUAGUACAGAGGCAGGGUCAGCAGGUCAGCAGGUGUGAUGUGGUCCUGUAGCACAGAGGCAGGGUCAGCAGGUCAGCAGGUGUGAUGUGGUCCUGUAGUACAGAGGCAGGGUCAGCAGGUCAGCAGAUGUGAUGUGGUCCUGUAGUACAGAGGCAGGGUCAGCAGGUCAGCAGGUGUGAUGUGGUCCUGUAGUACAGAGGCAGGGUCAGCAGGUGUGAUGUGGUCCUGUAGCACAGGGGCAGGGUCAGCAGGUGUGAUGUAGUCCUGUAGUACAGAGGCAGGGUCAGCAGGUGUGAUGUGGUCCUGUAGCACAGAGGCAGGGUCAGCAGGUCAGCAGGUGUGAUGUGGUCCUGUAGCACAGAGGCAGGGUCAGCAGGGACGCACACAGAGGGGUAGAUGGGGAGACUGAUAAUCCAAUCACAGCUCUUACCUUUAGACUCACACUGAUGAUGCGAAAAGCCCUUGUGGACAGAAGCAUCUUUUCGUGGUCUUUAGCAGAGAGCAUCAAUGCUGUAAUGAGAAAAAGAACCCCAAUACCAUGAACGAUGUGCGACUUGGAUUUGUUUAAAAUGUUGCACACCCUUUCAGCAGCACUGAGCAGCAUGUGUUUGUCACUGAGCGAGUCUUUAACAGGUAAUAAAGCCACACAGCCUGCUCUCUACUAGAUUACAUUCCAUUUUGAAAAACAUGUAGGUCAUGUUGACAGAGUAGAACACUAAGUCCAGAUUUCAACCAGAGAAACCUUUUUAUUUUACUGUCAUUAUAAACCGUGUUCAUUAUUUACUCUCUUCAAUGUGUAAUAAUAUCACAUGGACACACUAUCCUCUGUUCCAGAAAAGAAAACUGAGAAAAUAUGAAACUAGUACUAUUAAAAUUAUUAAUAUUAUUAUUACUGUUAUUUGUAACACUUAUUUAAUACAUGCAGAAUUGAUUGACAGAUUGCCCAUUGCGAUCCUGCUGUAUCAGAGCGCAUACUAAGCUUUCACUGCUUCAAUAGUGACACCUAGUGGCAGCAAUGUGAUACACCCACAAGCAGCUGCACUGCAGAGAGGCUGGGAGCGGAUUGAGGCUCAAGCUUCUCUGGUAGAGCAGGCAGCUCUUUUAGCAGGUGCUGCUCAGUGGGUUACUCUUUCAAACUAGUGCCGAGCGGCACCGGGGAGAUGCAAUGAACAAACAAAGAGUAUGUGUCUAUUUAUAAGAGGCACUGCUGUGUUUAUGGACACAAGACGUAAGAACACUACUUUAUGCAUUCACUGUAUGUCUGUGCAUAGCGGCUUUGUAACGCUGAGACUGUGGAAUUCACCUAGCAACACUUUCCAAUAAAAUUCCA